AUAUGGAUCGCGCUGCGGCAAGCCUGGCUUGAAGUUCAUCCACUGCAUUGGUGUGCGCCCGCCGUCGUAGCGACGCAGUCCACUAGUCAUGGCAAGCACGGAGAGCACCUACAUCCUCGACAGGCGAGAAUCAGUCAAGAGUGAUGACAGCACUGACACAAAGCAACUCGUGCUGGAGGACAAUACUGCUUCUCAGGAAACAAGCAGUUUAUUACAAACCAGCUUCAACUAUAUCAACAGCAUCAUUGGAUCAGGAGUUGUGGGAAUCGCAUAUGCACUAAAGCAAGCUGGCUUUGGAAUGGGGAUCAUCCUGCUGAUAAUGUUUGCGGCCAUUACGGACUACUCCCUGUGCAUUUUAAUCAAGGCUGGCAUUAGCACAGGCACCUCAACAUAUCAGGACCUUGUCCAAGCUGCCUUUGGCCUGCCAGGAUUCUAUGUCUUGACCAUCAUGCAGUUUAUUUAUCCUUUCAUUGCCAUGAUCAGCUACAACGUCAUCAUUGGUGACACGGUCACUAAGGUGUUCUUGCGAAUUUUCAACGUGGCACCUGACAGCAUUCUUGGCAACCGCCACUUUAUUGUUAUCAUGGCCUCAUUGUUUGUCACCCUGCCUCUUUCCCUGCACAGAAACAUAUCGAAGCUCAACAAGGUGUCACUGGCAUCACUUCUAAUUAUUCUCGUUAUCCUGACUUUUGUGAUUGUGCGGAUAGGGAACUUUGUAGACGUAAUGCCCAGUUCUCCCGAUUCUUAUGCGUUUGCUGACAGAGGCAUCACAAAGGCCAUUGGUGUCAUUGCAUUUGCUUACAUGUGCCACCACAACUCGUUCCUGCUGUUUUCUGCCCUGAAAGACCCAACCCAGCGGCGAUGGAACAAGGUGACCCACAUCAGCUUGUCCCUUUCCUGCAUCAUCAUCGUGCUCUUCGGCAUUGGUGGUUAUGUCUCCUUCCAUGUAUUCAGCCAGGGCGACCUGUUCGAAAACUAUUGCAAAGAUGACGACCUUGCCAAUGUGGCUAGGCUGCUCUUCACGCUCACUAUAAUGCUGACAUACCCGAUCGAGUGUUUUGUCACGCGGGAGGUUCUAGACAACGCAUUCUUUGUGACUAGGUUUCCAUCCAACUUGGUGCGGCACAUCAUCAUGACACUGUUCAUCGUACUGACCACUUUUGCAUUUUCAACGCUGACCGACUGCCUUGGAAUCGUCCUCGAACUCAAUGGUGUUGUGGCCGCCAUACCACUGGCUUACAUCCUGCCAGCAGCCACGUACCUCAAGCUGGAAAACGGACCUCUGCUCUCUUGGGCCAAGUUUCCGGCACUCAUGCUGGCGGUCUGUGGGACGGCAGUCGCAAUCUGUGGCACCGUGGUGGCCAUCAUCGACAUCAACGCCGGCAUCACUUGCAGCCACGGAGCUGAUAUGCAUUACUGCACCGUGCCACUAGCAAACCUCACGAUCUAGACUGCGGCAGGUGCAUGCCUCGUUCUUGUGCUCCGGCGCUGUACUCGAGCAAGUGGUCAAGCAAUUGGUCUCUCCUGGCGCAAGACGUGCCUAUACUUGACGAAUUGGCUGAAAAAAGAGAGUGAAAAAGGUAGACAAAAUUACAAGGGUUAAGCUUUGACUAUACGGGGGCCACAAUCUGCAUUAAUCAGUUUCGUGGCCACCAUUUCCACUGUGUUCCCCCUUAGCUCAACCAGCAGGAGAGUAUACGCGAUAGAGGAAAGUUGCAACAGGGAACACUUCCCAUCAGCAUUUAUGUUCACGCAAUGUGUUUGCUAAGUGUACAGACAGGAUGGGCAGCGGGAAUUCUGCAAGGUCAACGAAUGCCUGUUACCAUCACACGUAUACGCACAAGCAAUUGAUCCGAGAGUACAGGUUUAGAGUUGCACAAUUCCCUGGGUAGAGUUUGGCAAACUUUACAUUAUGCCACCAGUCUGUGGCGAAUGCAUCCAUGGCAGCCCCACCACUAGAACGUUGGUGUCAUUGUAAACUUGUGUAGGACCACGUGCUUGAAUAAGUGCAAAGUAACAGCAACUUGUGCGAACAAAAAGCCAGCACUGCCAGCUUGGGGCAAACGGCGCUUGCAAAGACAGAUGACAACGCCCGCUGGUACGAAAACCAUUCAGCCUAUGUACCCGCCAAACUUUUUCCAGAAGGUUAUUAACGUAGCUCUGUGGAUGUCGGAGGAAGAGUUUCCAUGUUGCUCUCAAACGUACUGGAGAGAUUCUUAAGACAGGUGACAUAAGUUAACACUGAAAAAAAAAAAAACAUUUUUUUUUUCGCCCUCAUGUGCAGGAUAUUUUUUUUUCUCUUAGUGCAUCCUCAUGCAACACCUCUAUUCCUCCCGUUACGAGGCUUUUUCUUUUUGGUGCACAAAAUGCGAUGAAGGAUACUGUGAUAAAGACCAAGCUUCUCCUUGCACGAGAAAAAGAAAAGAUAUCCUACAAGGUUAUAAGGGGGGGUGUGCAAAUGAUGUGCAAUUACAGCCUCAUUUUUUUUUUAGC